GUGACCUGAUUUGCGCCCUGUCUGCCCGGUCCUCUCAUUUGCUUGUUUAAUGAGGCCAACAUUAGGCUAUUUUUGUUUGGACGCCUCUUCCAGCAAAGUACAACCCAGGCAGGCUGAGGGUCAUGAAGGCUACUAAUCUUGAGCGAGACAAUAAAUUAUUUUUUCUUUUUUAAGUAAAAACUAUUCAUUUACUUGCACAUAAUAUCUGCGCCUGCUACUCCAGUUACGCGCCUCCACUACGCCUACAAAAAAGAAAAAAGAAAAAAAAAGGAGCAGAAAGCGUGUGAACAGCUGCCUCAGAAGCGCGGAGAUUUCGGUAGAGAUGAAGUAACCAGCUUGGUUUCUCACAGAGCUCCUUUCAUUUACAUCAUCCACCCUGCGCGCAAUGGCACGGAGCGCUCCUCCCGCUGGAGCUGGAAGCUGUGACCGGACAACUUUUAUUUCAGCGCGGAUAAAGCGGCUCCACGAUGGCAUCUGAUGAAACCUCCACUGGGAAACGGUAACAGGUUUGCCAAAUAUCUCACCUCCCAUGUCACCGGGAAAAACCCAUGGCUAUGUUUAGCAGCGCAGACCAGCUCUGGAACGAGUCGGACCGCCUCGGAUGGGAUGAGAAGAACGAGUCGGAUGCGUCCGGGAGGGAUGAGGGGGAGCGCAACUACUACGCCAUGCUGUACUCCCUGCUCAUCCUGGCCAUUGUGUUUGGGAACGUGUUGGUGUGUCUGGCCGUGUUGAGAGAGCGCUCGCUCCAGACGACCACAAACUACCUGGUGGUCAGCUUGGCUGUGGCUGAUCUGCUGGUGGCGUCACUGGUCAUGCCUUGGGCCGUAUACCUGGAGGUGGUCGGCGGCGCCUGGCUUUUCAGCAGGCUCUACUGUAACAUCUUCGUCACGCUGGAUGUCAUGAUGUGCACUGCCAGCAUCCUCAACCUGUGUGCUAUCAGCAUUGACAGGUACACAGCAGUGGUGAUGCCCGUCUUGUACAACACAACCCACCGUUCGAGGAAGAGAGUGUUUGUGAUGAUUGCCACUGUGUGGGUCCUGGCAUUCACAGUCUCCUGUCCCCUGCUGUUCGGUUUCAACACAACAGAUGACCCUUUGGUGUGCUCCAUUUCUAAUCCCGACUUUGUGAUUUACUCAUCCGUGGUGUCCUUUUACCUGCCGUUCAUCGUCACUCUGCUGGUCUAUAUCCGCAUCUACGUCUUCCUCAGAAUGAGACGGAAAAGGAUCGCCUUCGGACAGGCCAGCGGAAAAGUACAGCCUGGCUCUACUCAGCCUUCAAUGGAGACGUGUCUGCAGGAAGAGACUCCCAGGGCAAAACAUGACUUAUCGCCUAUAAGGAUUAAAGUGCAGAGUGUGGAACCGUUGGGUCCAUCGAAACCCAAUCUGCUCUCAGGCUGCCUGUGGCGCAAACGCCCUAAAACUGUACCAGUGGAGAACUCGAUGCUGCCCCCAGUGGACACGCAGAACUACUGCAGCAUCAGCCAUGCCUCCUGUGGACGCACCGAGUUGGAUCUGGAGCAGAACCAAGCGGGGCAGGAUGCAGAGGACAAUGACCAGAUGGAGCUUCCUCCUGUCAGGAUGGGCUGCGAGGUGAAGGAUCUGUCAAACGGACGGACGCACACGUCACUGCGGCCGAUGUCUCAUUCUCAUACCAGCCAGCGAUUCAGGACCAUGCACGCACGGGAGAAAAAGGCAACUCAGAUGUUGGCUAUUGUGCUUGGGGUGUUCCUCAUCUGCUGGUUGCCUUUUUUUGUGACACACAUUCUGAACACCCACUGCCGGACGUGCUAUGUGCCUCCUGAACUAUACAGUGCUUUUACCUGGCUGGGAUACGUGAACAGCGCCCUCAACCCCGUCAUUUACACCACCUUCAACAUCGAGUUCAGACGGGCAUUCAUCAAAAUCCUCAGCUGCUGAACGGGGGGGGGAAAAACAUGUCAGGAGAUUAAAAUGGAAAUCAGACUGCAAGCUUGUGCAAUAACUCAGGCGUUGCACAUUUGGUAAACUGUGACCCCAAGAAAAAAGUCGGUGGAGGAACGCCUACAGCAGGAUGAAGGAUACAGGGAGCAAUAAAUGCAUAUAAAAGUUGUUUUUUCUAACAAAGCUGGGAUUUGAUUUUUAACAGUAUUAUUGCCCGUACAAUACUAUUAUUGUUCAUGCACACUAUUUGGAGAACAGCACAAGGUGUUCUUUUUUUAUUUCUCAUAUUUUGGGGAUUUGUAUUGUACAAUAUAUGUACUUUUCAUUGGCACAGCUCCUCAGUUCAUGACUUGGGUCGAUAUGAAUCUAAAACCUCUUAGGAGCCCAAAUGGAGCUUUAAGGCUGAUAAAUGGAUGCGUGGGCCUCUUCAUCCGAAGGCCCUCUUCCUCUGCAUCGUGUGGAUGAACUGACGUUACUCACCUCUCCUGUUUACCCCCUCCUUCAUCUCCAUGACCUUCAGGUAUUCAACAGCGCAUACACAAAUCAAAAUUCACAACCAUGUAUUAGAAGUGUGCCCAAAGGAUCGUGUUGGUCCCUGCCAAGACGCAAAGUCGUUCUGGAGAUUUUCAUAUGUAUUGAUGUGCAGCCGUUGUACUCAGUGUGGAUUCAUUUGAAUAAAAAAGUGAAACUUGGGUGUAAAAACCUUUUUAUUUUAUUCCAAGAGGACCACAUUAAACGGUAAUCUCUCCAGUGAUUUAGAGCAGCCUGCCAGCUGCUCACAUCGGACUGCAAAGCUUGAGCAGAUUUGUUGUGGACAAAGUGGCCCAGGCAAUGCAUUGUAAAUAAAAUAAAAUAGAAAAAAAUCAUAAAAAUUAUUUGUAGCUUAGCGUUUGGAUGUGCAAAAUAGAUUGCAUAAGUAAACAAAAACUAAAGAAAUUAGUCUUAGAAGCAUUUCCUUCUUAACACUGAUGCAGUUAAAAUUUAAAAAGAAAAUAGUAUAAAGUGUUACCUUUCAAAUGUAGGAUUUUAUAUAUAUAAGAUUUAUUUAUGUUCUAGAAAUGCUGACAGUAAACAUCUUGUAAGGAUUAAAGUAAAUGACCAGAAUCGACACAAACAAGGAAGUUUCAAGUUAUUCCAUUGGCUUCACUAGCAAGUAAUGUCAAGUGGGUUAGGAAAUAUUUAAAUAUGGAUCCUGAAACAUUUAUCAAACCUCACGGACUUGUCCAAAUUGAUCAUACUAGAUGCAUAAAAACUGAAAGUGAAACUGGUGGUAUGACCUACUGUCUGAUUAAUUUGGGUAAUUAGUCAACCCCAGGGGAGCAUUCAUAGAGAAUUAAAAUGAGUUGCUCCUUAAAUGUAAAAAAAGAAAAAGAAAUAAAUGAAAUGAGAUAAAUAUAUAAUGACAAAAGCAUCAUAUCCUUUCUUGUCUGAUUAGAACACUGUGAAUCCCACACAGUAAAUAAUUGCAUAUUUCAGUACACAUGCAAUGUUCAGAAUAGAGACACAUCAAAUGCAACCAACAUACUUCAAAGACAUGACUGGAUACUCCAAAAAAAAUCACCCUUUGACCCAUUUGCUAUGUGUUUGCUAUGUGUUUCUAAAAAAUCCCAGGAUGCAUGGCAAGAUAAAAAGCAAUGUCAUCAAUUCCUAGGAUCAUUUUUUCAUACUUGGAAUAGUAGGUAACUGGAAGUUGACUUAUCAUAAUGGGGACAUUCUGUUUUUUUUAUAUUUUAUUGAUGUUUUUUCAUCCCAUUAACUAUUUACACGUGGAACAAAUAAUAACAAAAAAGCGUAUUAAUAAAUGGAACAGGACAAAAUAUUGAAUCCAAUUAUCUUCCCAAUAUCAAUGUUUGCAACAUCAUCAUUGCAAAAGAGUGCAAUAUUUUAUUAGAUGUAUUUCUGGUGUUAUGCAUUCUAAUAAAAUAUUCAUAACAUUGUUGA